AUGCUACCCCGCGCAACCUCCAGAGGCUGCCCAAAGGUCCCUCCCGGCUCUUCCCAUCUCCUCCGCCUCGUCGAGCUUCCCUUCCCCUCCGUGAUCCCUCUCCCUCCCGGCGCCGAGGCUACCAUCGAUAUCCAUCUCGCGGACAAUGGGCACCUGAAGAAGGCGUUCGACGACCUGGAGGCCCCCUUCGCCGCCUUCCUCGAUUCGGCCUCCCCGCCGGUCGACUGGGUCAUCCACGACUUCCCUCCACACUGGAUGCCCAGAUUGGCGGUCCCUCGCCAUCUUCCGUGCGCCUUCUUCAGCGUAUUCCAUCCCGCUGCCGUAGCCUUCUGGGGAAAGCCUUUGAAGGGGCUUAGGGCCAACGCGGACGGCAGCGGCUGGUGGUUGAACCUGAAGAACCUCACCGUGCCGCCACCGUGGAUCACGGAGGUCUCCCCAACGAUGGCCUUUUACACCCACGAGGCUAUGGGGUUUGGCCCAUUCUUGAACGCAGAUGUCUCGGGCGUGUCUGCCUUCUACCGCCUGAUCUCGACGUUCGACGCCGUCCAGCUGGUGAUCGUACGGAGCUGCCCAGAUGUGGAUGGCGACUGGAUCCGCCUCCUCCACGAGCUACUCGGCAAGCCCUCCGUUCCAAUCGGCCUUCUCUCCCCGGCGGUGGAAAAAGUCGCCGCCUCUCCCCAGGGUGAGAUCUUCGAGUGGCUCGACAGGCAAGCCUCCGCCUCUGUCUUGUACGUCGCCCUCGGCAGCGAGGCAGUGAUAAGCGUGGAGCUUUUCCACGAGCUCGCCCACGGGCUUGAUCUCCCCGGGUUCCCCUUUCUCUGGGCCCUGAGGCGCCCCGCCAGGCUACCGCCCGAGGCAGAGCUAAUCCCAGAGGGGUUCGAAGCGAAGGCCGCCGGCAAGGGCAUGGUGGUGAAGGGGUGGGUCCCGCAGCCGGAGGUUCUGGCGCACCCGGCGGUGGGGAGUUUCCUGACCCAUUGCGGGUGGAGCUCCAUCAUUGAGGGGCUCAUCCACGGGCUACCCCUGGUGCUCCUGCCGCUGUUCGUAGACCAGGGGCUCAACUCGAGGCUGGCGGUGGAGAGGGGUUACGGGAGGGAGGUCCCCAGGGCGGAGGAAGACGGGGAAGGGGGUGUUCACCGGGGAAGGGGUGGCGGAGACGGUGAGAUUUGUGGCGGCGGACGCCGCCGGAGAACCCGUGGGGGAGGCGGCGAGGGGUGCGGCGGCGGUCUUCUCCGACUACGCGCUGCAGAAGAGCUACGUCGACGGACUUGCCCAGUGCCUGGUGGAGAACAAGGACAAGCUACGGCCCUAG